AUGAGUAUUUAAAAUUCUACUUUCAUUAGAGGAAUGUCUAGAGAAUAAGGAGGUGCAUUGCUCAUUCAAAAUACAAAUUUUAACAUCAGAUUUUCAAAUUUUAUUGAAAACUACGCAAAAGACGGAGGCGCAAUGGCUUUAAUAUGCUCUCCAUUGGUAAUUAUGCUCCAUUCGGGCCAGAAAUGGCAGGUUACCCUUAUAGUGUAAUUGUUUAAAGUUAUGAUAAUAUUCCCUUGGCAAGUGGCUAAAUUUAUUAAGGAAUAAUAAAAGUUGGGAUCAUUGAUGCUGACGGUUAGAUAAUCACAAAUGAUAAUAGCUCGUAAAAAUUAAGCAUCUUAAUCAAUUUUUAGUUCAAUAUACAUAAGUGCAACUGAUUAAAAUGCCAAAAUUUCUGGAGAAUAUCAAAUUUAAGUAGAAAAUGGGAUUGGAAUCUUUUAGAUAAUGCCAAAGUGGAGAGAUUAACUCAAAUGGAUAAUGGUUCCAAUCCUUCCUGCUAUGAAUGCAUGGAGAAUGCUGAGUGUCCUGGGGGAGAUAUUAUUAAUGUUUUACCUGGAUUUUGGAGGUCAUCAAAUACCUCCACAAAUAUUAUACCUUGUCUUUAUGAUAAAGCUUGCAUUGGAAAUUCAGUAAAUUCAUCAAAUGAUGCUAAGCUCUGCCAAUAUGGAUACGAGGGGAAUUUAUGUAAUCAUUGUUCAAAUGAAGGUGGCAUUCAAUUCAUGA